AUGCCUCAAUUAAGUAUAGAAACUUUUGUAUCACAAUAUUUCUGAUUUUUAGUAAUUUUAAUAGUAUUCUAUUUAUUUACUAUUUCUAAUUUAGUGCCAAGAAUUGCAGAAAUAAAAAAAACUAGAAAAAAAUGUAUGGAUGAAGAAAGUAUUGUAACAAUAUCUUCAGAUAUUCAAACAUUAAACAAUUUUAAUCCUGCUAAACAAAUAAAUGUUAUUAAUAAUAGUGUUUCAAAUAAUCAUAUUAAUACUAUAGUAUCAUCAUUUGAAAAUGCUAACAAAAAUUGAAUUAAAAAAUAA